UUGUCAUGAACGGACCAAAGAUAUUCAUCAUGCUGAUCGCGUCACUCUGGAAUUUGCGGAUCUGCAGUUGCACAAUGGAAAUUGGGCACAACAACAACGGAAACAGAAACGAUGCACAAAUACUGAUAUAUGAAAAUGACAAAAUUGACAGCGAUGGCUAUGCCUUCUUCUACGAGACAAGUGAUGGUAUUUCAAGGCAAGAGACGGCCAAGUUAAAGAAUGCCGGCACCGAACUGGAAGCAAUUGCGGUACAGGGUAGCGUCAAAUGGGUGGGACCCGAUGGCAUACAUUAUAAACUGAACUAUCUGGCCGAUGAGAAUGGAUUUCAGCCACAGGGUGAACAUUUGCCACGCCGCCAAUCAUCGACAGUUGCGUGA